AUGGCGCUGGUCGCAUAUUCCGAUUCUGAAGGCUCUGACGCCGAACCUGAAAAUACAGCCGCCCCCUCCACCACGAAGAAACCCGAGUCCGGCUCUGGAUUCCGCAUCGAUCGCAGCAACCCGCGCAAGAUCCAGGUCGCGCUCCCGGAGAUCAAGCCCGAGCACACACUCGGUCAGGACGAAGAUGGACCGGCACGCAAGAAGCCUCGAGUAGGGGGUGGAGGUGCAUUCUCCGGAUUCAACUCCUUCCUCCCCGCGCCGAGGAAGGCGGAGCAGAAAGCACCGGUGGCCACGACACGCAAGGUGUUCAGCCUGAAGACAGGCGCGACGCCUGGCUUUAGCCGCGAGGCCGAUGCUGAGAUGAGGAACGAUUUCGCUUUCAACGCUGAUGCCGUUGGAGAUGACGCUACCAUCCCGGCGGCUGGAAGCCUGGGAUCGCAAAUCACGACCACUGAUGCGCCGAUAAAGACAGAAAUCGGGGAGGUCAAAUUGCAGGGAAACCCCAUGAUGUUCAGGCCUUUGUCUGUGGCACGCAACCAGAAAAAGAAGAAGACGACAAAGAUCACGCCCCAACCCCGACCCUCAACGCCAGCACUUACAGGUCAACCCGCAGACACAGUAGCACCGCAGCCAACUACAACAGCACCUGCUGCGCCAGCUCCUCCAAAGCCGAAAGUCAGUCUCUUCUCUCUGUCUUCUGAAGACACGAGCCGGGCAGAUGAGAUCCCCAACUCAUCAGGGACGUACGAGCCCUUGAUUUACAGCAAUGAAGCCGAGUCCGCAUCUGCAGGCCCAGUGCCCGCGCCUGAGUUUGACUCUGCCAUUGCGAACGAUUCGGCAGCUGCAACGGUCCCUUCGCAGGCUUCAACAUUGGACAACAUCGCCAAUGACCUGAAGCUUUCCAAGGCAGAGCGACGACAGCUCUUUGGCCGCAAUGUGCCGUCAGCUGAGGCUCGCAUCCUCGAGUUCAACACGGACAAAGAGUAUGCUACAAAUCAGGUGCUUGCAAAGACUGAACUGGCUGCUACACAGCACAAUCCGGUCCGUGCAAUUGCACCGGGCAAACAUUCUCUGCAGCAGCUGGUCAACGCCGCGAGCUCACAGAAAGAGGCGCUGGAGGAGAGCUUUGCCACAGGCAGAAGAAACAAGAAAGAGGCCGGUUCCAAGUAUGGAUGGUAG